AUGGGCGGUGCUGCAUCUUGUGAACCUGGUAUGAAACGACGAGCAGACGCUGCAGAAUCUCUGCAAGCCAAACGGCUUUGCUUGCUGACAGCUAUGCAGCGCCUAGGUGACGAUGCUACCAUCGAAGAAUGUUCACAGCCCAUGCUUGAAGGAACAUCAGUCUCGAGUGUGGCAUAUGACCUCUCUGCACUGUCCGCUGACCUUCAGCAGCAUCGCGAUGCCCUGCGAGAAUCGGGAAUCUCCGGACAGCUGGCAGCAUUGCACGUCUCAGGCAGUCCGUGGACAGAGCUCGGCCCUGCUGAAGAACAAGGUUUUGAGGAACUGCUGGGUCGCGUGGGCGCAGCGGAGGCUGCCACGGCUGAAGCGCUGAAAGCGCUCGCAGCCUAUGCGGCUGAGGCCAGCAAUCAUCUGGCCACAGCUACGGAUGACCCAGAGCAGUGA